AUGACAUUGGAUCAGGAUUCCCUAGCCCGCUUAGCUAGGGAUAUUCCGCACAACGGCGAUUUGAACUAUGUCACUAGGAUGCGGAUACGCCAUGAGGUUGCGGAGCAGGAUCUCGAAGCACUGCUCCGGUUGGAACGAAUCUGCGCCGACCGUGCCUAUGCGGCUUGGCGAUCGAAAUUUGCACACGAUGACGAACCGAUGCAGCUUUUAUCAGAAGCGUUGAGGGAUCCACACAACUCAAGUCUGCCAGUCGCUCUUGACUCUUUAUACACCAAGCUGGAUGACGCGUUGGAACCGGAAAACUUCCUGGCAGUCUAUGCCGGAUUUGCUUGUUUAAACACCGCCUACCACGCUAUUGCUCGCGAGAUGUACGACCAAGACUCAGAAAACGGCGAAAUUGACAUCGAUCCGCAACAUUGGUCACCGUGCUUCCUUGCCUCGCUCGUUGCGGCAGGCGGCGCCCCCUGGGAGCCGAAUACAGACCCCGUGGCUCGCCGCGAGUUUUGGCAAUGGUACCUGCUGAACGCUGUUCCGUCUGCAUGCCUACAGUGA